ACAAGGAAACUAAUCAUACCAUUUGGACCACUUCUAAGAUCACAAAUGUCUAGAUAUUUCUGAUACUUUUUUGCUUUGAGUCAACUGAAAUUUUAGACAACAAAGACCAUUUGAAUACAUUGUUAUUUUAACAUCAGUUGGAGGAAUGAACGAUAUUGACAACAUGAAUUUCAACUACAGCCAAUAUGACUAUGAGGAGUCUGCAAAUAACUCAAUGUGUGACUAUGAUGAUUGGGGACCCUCCUAUUCUUUGAUUCCCAUCCUCUACAUGCUUAUCUUCAUCCUGGGCCUCACUGGCAAUGGUGCGGUCAUCUUCACCGUAUGGCGAGCCCAGUCCAAGCGGAGAGUUGCCGACGUCUAUAUUGGAAACCUGGCUAUUGCUGACCUGACCUUUUUGGUGACACUGCCCCUGUGGGCCGUCUACACCGCCCUGGGCUACGACUGGCCAUUUGGCGUGGCCCUCUGCAAGAUCAGCAGCUAUGUGGUUUUGCUCAACAUGUAUGCCAGUGUCUUCUGUCUCACCUGUCUGAGCCUGGACCGCUACAUGGCCAUCGUUCACUCCCUAACCAGCACACAGCUGCGUACCAGAGGACACACGCGGGCAUCGCUGGCUGCAAUCUGGUUUCUCUCAGGAGUGUUGGCUUCACCCACCCUGCUGUUCCGCACUACGGUGUACGACACUGAAACCAACCGCACGUCCUGCGCCAUGGACUUCAGCCUGGUGAUGAGAAAACCGGGCCAGGAGGCAUUUUGGAUUGCAGGCCUCAGCAUCUCCUCCACUGCUCUGGGCUUCCUGAUCCCCCUUCUGGCCAUGAUGGUGUGCUACGGAUUCAUCGGAUGCACCGUGACACGUCACUUCAACAGCCUGCGCAAGGAGGAUCAGCGGAAGCGUCGCCUGCUGAAGAUCAUUACCACGUUGGUGGUGGUGUUUGCCGCCUGCUGGAUGCCCUUCCAUGUUGUGAAGACUAUGGAUGCCCUCUCGUACCUGAAUAUGGCACCUGACUCCUGCACCUUCCUGAAUCUUCUGCUGUUGGCCCAUCCCUAUGCAACUUGUCUGGCCUACGUCAACAGCUGCCUUAACCCUCUCCUCUACGCCUUUUUUGACCUUCGCUUCCAGUCCCAGUGCGUCUGCCUCCUCAACCUGAAGAAUGCUCUGCAUGCCAGUCCAGCCAGAUCCCUUUCUUCACAGAAAACUGAAACCUAGUCACUGGCUACAAAGGUGUGAUGAGAUGUGUGGAAGGGUGACACAGAACUAGGGGGUGAACAAGUUGGCAAUUACCCUCAAAAUGUCAAAUCCUUCACUUGAACUCAAAGGUAAAUCAAUUAUUGUUGGGGACAGACAGACUUUCCAUUUGUUUCUGACUGUGGGAACUUGAGAAAACAGCUUCCUCUGUCUCGUGACUACAUGGUGGUACUCUAUGAACUGAGUGCAACUAAAGUAGAAAUGUUCUGGUUCUGAGGAACUGAUGCAGCCACUUUGUCCAGAUCUCUGAGACCACAAACAGAUUUUCUGAGAUUCAGAGAGCAGACCCCCUUCCGACAGCUGCACUCCAGACGUGUGGAGUUGUAUGUAUAGGGUUUUUGCUGCACUCCGCCUCUGCACUUCAUGCGGGUGCAUAUUGCUGCCUUUGGAGAUUGAGGUUAAUAGACUUUGCUGUUUGUUGGAGCUGCAGGGGAGGGCAGUGGGUGGUCCACGGAGAGGUUUUGAGAGCAAUUUAUGGACUCUUUACUUUUGACGCUUUUUUCCCCCAAUUGGCUUAUUUUUUUAUCCUUUAAGCACUUGUUCAUAAGGGGCAGAGAUAGGAACCCUGUUGGCCAAUCGGUCUUAUCUAAACUGUCAAGGUAGGGGAGGGAGGGAUGGGUGCCUUACUUGAGAAGUGUUGCAGCUUGAUUAAAGACUUUCGGGGGGGAGGUGGGUGUUUUGGAGGAGAUGAAAGCAUAGAUGGGGGUUGAACUCAGACAGACAGAUGGCAACUGACAGUUUUUUCGGGGAAGAGGGAUUCAUAGGUGGCAGCUUUGACAGAUGAGAUGCCGAUGCUUGUGUUUGUGUGUGUGCAUGUGAGCUAAUGAAAUCUGUGUUGAUGAAAAUGAAAUAAAAUAAAAAUGAAUUUUUAUUUUAGUACAUAAUCUUUUUGUGAAACACUGCUGUAUGGUGCUUUUUUUGCAGUACUCUAUGAAUA